CACUCAUCCGCGCACACACACACACACACACACACUCGUCCGCGCGCGCGCAGCUGCAGAAGAGAUGAAGCAUCCUUCACUAUACACACUCAUCCUGCUCGCUGUGAUCCUCCACUACGGCUCAUCUUCAGGCAGUGAUGGAGUGUGUACACCCCUGUUUGUGACUGUUGAGGCAACAGCCAUCAUCAGGUGUCCUGUCACAAAGAACGAUCAGGAUGGAGUUUAUCUCUACAGACAAGUAGCUGAGAACAUGGAAAAGCAGACGGUGACGUACUAUUACCAGGAAGGAACUCUUACACCUGAGGAGCCAUUCAAGGGCCGAGUGGAGACAAAUAAUAACUUCGGAAAUUUCUCAGUGUUCCUCAAGAACGUGAGCAAGCAUGACGGUGGAGUUUACUGGUGCCACUUUAACAAAGGGGAUAUUAUGACCGAUAGUGACACGAAAAUUUGUCUGUUAGUGCAGUCUGGAACCAUAGUGGUCUACAAAGAGGAAAGUAAACUGAUCUUCUGGGCUGUGAUUGGUGGACUGUCAUUCUUCAUUCUGUUCCUGCUGAUUAUACUGGUAAAGCUGUGUCAUGAUCGUGGAAAUUACACAACAAAGCAGCAGCCCUCUAAUGGUGUGUAUGAGGUCAUGCGUGGGAACACUGGGAAGGCGCUCAUUAACCCGGCGUAUGAGUCCGGUCGGAGAUGAACGCAGUCCGAUUUACUAUGAAGGAUGUAAGGUUUCGAAAUUUCAGCCUUUUUAUUCAGACUUCAGUUUUAUUAUCCACACAAAUUUGCACAAAGUGUUACACCGCACUGACCCCCGUGUGUAUUAUUGUGUAAAGGCAACACAUAGUUAGCAUAUUAGCAGUUGAUAUUAGCAGUUGAUACUGAGGGAAAUGACAGUGUAAUUCUAUUCAGGUGAAGUCUUUUUGUAGUGAAUUACAGACACAUCUGAGGUAAAUGUUGAUGUUCUGGAAGGUUCUGUCUCAUAUAAACUCUCACUGUGUAUUUACACGAUCUAUUAAAACAUACUAUACUUUAGCGAAUGCAUAAUUUUAGCCAUUGAGUGUAUAUUCUUAGCAGUUUAUCAACAAAUCUGAGGUAACUGUUGAUGUCCUGGAUAAUUUUCACUCUCCCCAUGUCUAUACACUGUGUAAAAAAUACUUUUAGUCAUGUAUUGUCUUCUUUUUAAGCUGUUUAUCAACACAUCUGAGGUAAAUGUUGAUGUUCUGGAAGGUUCAUUUCCCUCUGUCUUUACACUAUCUAUGAGCUGAUGUAACCUCAGUCAGUGCCAGGUCUCUGUUGUGGCAUGUAUCUUGUAGUUUCCUGGUAACAGUGUUUUGAAACUAUGUCAUGACAUACUAAGUGUCAUGACAUUAAAAAUAUUUUUCUACCUGCACUGGCCUUUUGGGCACUUUCUGACCCAGGAAUAUAUCAAUAAAUCGAAUUAAUAUGUAAAAUUUAUGUUUAUAAAUCAAGAUAACAGAAAUCAUUCUACAGGAAAUGUCUUUCUGUGUUUUAUAAAAUGUUUUUAAAAGAUUUUUUUAUUAAUAAAAACAUAUUUUUAAUUGUUA